CGAGGAUUCUGGGAAAUGUCGUCCUGACCGGAAUGCUGGUAGCGACUCAAAAACAAAACAGCAACGUAAAAUAACGACACCAGGUUCAUUGUCAUACACGUUGCAUAUAAUAUCGUAAACAUAGCUAAGAUUAUAUUUAAAUCCGCUCAAGAAAAGUUUACACGCUAACGGCACAAUCUAAAGACUACAUCACCCAGCUCUGCGCGCUAUGAAACCGAGGCAGCGUAAACAGUACUUCAGGAACAUGAAAAGAUCGGAUGACAGUGAGAGGGAAAAGAGGAGAAAGAGGCGGAGGCUUAUACAGGAACUGGGUGAGCAGAGGAUUCCCUACCUUUCUCCUGCAGACCCAGGAUUUCAGGAACUGUGGGACUCCAGUUAUGCAGGACUGGCUUUACGACAGUCUAGUGCCCUGCCAGAUGGUCUCCAUGAAAGGGUGCAGUCUGCUUUGAGAACUCUUCAGCGGCGUGGAUGUCUCCUCCGAGAUCUUGUCCGAGUCCGAGAUCGGGACGUCUUCACAGCUGUUUCGCGUGCUCUCGUGGGUCAGCCGGGCUACACAUACCGUUAUCUGGACACCCGUCUGUUCACUAUCCCAUGGCACUGUGAGGGAGAAGAAGGCCAGAAAGAUGAGAAAGACAAACCUUGCUGUGACUCCGACCUGAGAGACGCUUGCAAAGCAUUGUGGGAGCUCAAUCAGUUCUUUUGCUCGGAUGUAAAGCAGCAGACAAACGCAAGAGGCGUCAAGCGUUCCCGCAGUGACACUGAAAACAGUGAAGACACACCGGGGGAGGGAAUGUGCGAAGAGAGUGUUAAGGACAGGUUACUUGAGGAGAAGCAGGAGGAAGAGGAGGAGGAGGAGGAAGAGGAAGAAGACAGUGGUCAGGGCUGUUCUCAUUCCUCACCUCCUUCAUCUGCUCUGCCACCUGAUGUGGCCGGCCUGGUUCAGUUUAACAUUACCCUCAUCAACUACAUGGACCCUAUAGCCAUGACCCAACUGAAGGAAGAGCCGUAUUAUGGCAUGGGCAAGAUGGCGGUCGGUUGGCAUCAUGAUGAGAACCUGGUUCCUCUGUCACCAGUUGCUGUCUACAGCUAUAGCUGCCCAGCAGAGCCAAAGAAUGAAGGGGUGACUGAAAAGGACAGGGAGGGACAGAGUAAAGAAAAAGAAAAACAAAAAGAAACCAAGACAGAAGGUGAAGGAACAAGUAAAGAAGAACUGAAGAAAGAAGAAGGAGAAGGUUUGGAGAAGGAGGAAGUACAGAAAGAGAAGGCAUGUUGGCGUGUUGGACUGAAGGUGGCCUGGGACAUCCACACACCAGGUCUGGCUUUGCCUCUACAGUCCGGAGACUGCUACUAUAUGACAGAUGAUCUGAAUCGGACACAUCAGCACUGUGUACUGGCUGGUGACACGGCUAGAUUCAGCUCAACUCACAGAGUCGUACAGUGUUGUACAGGAACUCUGGACUACAUACAGAAACGCAGCUCAGAGGCCUUGGAGAAUUUACACACCGACCCUGAGAAGAACACCAAGAGCCUGAAGUCCCUCCUCCCCUCCACCCUCCAGCACAUUGAGGAUAUCCACAACGAGGUGGAGUUUGAAUGGCUGAGGCAAUACUGGUUCCAGGGCCGGCGAUUUGCUCGAUUCUGCAGCUGGUGGACUAAACCCAUGGAACAGAUGGAGAAAGACUGGAAGGAAAUGGAGCAAAUGACUCAGCUGCUGUUGGCUGUGGUGGAGGACGAGAACACGGCACAGGAGAACAGAAGAGAGAUGGCAGACAUUUUACUGAACGCCCUGUCGGACAGACAGCAGCACAGACAGACAUGGAGGGACAGCAGGAGGACAACGCUUCAGGCCGAGAGAGUUCACACAAACACACGCAUACACGUGUGCUGAUAGCCCAUUGACUUGCUUCCUCUGAGAUAAGGGCGACUGAGAGACAUAUCCCAUUUGUUCCGAUAACACAGCGAACCAGCCGUACACACACAGAUACGCAUACCAACACACUAGCACACACACUCCUCAUUUCUCUUGCUUUAUUACUUCCCAUCAGACUACUGUGUGUGCGUGUGUGUGGCAAUCUGUCUUCAUUCAGAUCAGACCAUUAGUCAGUAUGGCCUGAAAGAACUAAAUUUCCCCCUUGAAAUUCUUGCAUCUUAACUUUAAGAAAAAUAAGGACUCCUCCCUGUCUUCUUGUUUCUGUAAAGUGGCCCCUUUAAGGGGGUCGUCCCCUCACUUUGACCCCUGAGUGACGCCCAGUGCUGCUGGUACCUGUAAACAGUGCUGAUGUUUUGCUAAAGUU